GUUAGGGUUAUCAGACAGGUAAAACCCAGGAAGGAUGAUGUGGCCUAAUUUUUUCCUCCAGGAGCAGGAGCGCAUGGCUGGCUUGCGGGGCCGGGCAGGCGGCAAGCGGCGCCCGGCCCUCACCGACGCCCAGGAGGGCAAGAUCAAGCUGGCCUUUUUCGUGGCCAUCGUGGGGGUGACGCUGACCGUGCUGGCCGUGGGCACCGAGUUCUGGGUGGAGCUCAACACCUACAAGCAGAACCACAGCGCCAUGUGCGAGGCCGCCCACUUCGGCCUCUGGAAGCUCUGCUACAAGAAGCUCUGGCUGGAGGACGUGGAGGUGGAGAGGGCGACCUGCGGCCCGGCCGAGCUGCCCGGAGAAGCCAACUGCUCCUACUUCAAAUUCUUCAGCACGGGGGAGAACGCCCGCAUUUUCCAGAGAACGACUAAAAAAGAGCUGAACAUCACGGCGGCCGUGAUCUCUCUUCUGAGCAUCACCCUGAUGGUGAUGGGCUCCCUGUGCAUCACCAUGGCGCUGAGCAAAGGGGUGGAGUUCCUGCUCAAACCCGCCUCCUGCUUCUUCAUGAUCUCCGGGAUCAUGGUUUUGAUCAGCCUGGAGGUUUUCCGCCAUUCGGUGCGGUGGCUCAUCGGCAGCGACCAGAGCGUGCCGCUGGAGUACGAGUACUCGUGGUCCGUGGCCUGCGCCGUGGCCGCCGGUGCCGUGCUGAUCUUCGGCGGUGGCUGCUUCAUCCUCCUCUCCCUUCCGGGCCUGCCCAAGAAGCCCUGGCAAUGCUGCGUCCGGAGCACCGCCACCAGCAGUGCCUGAUGGACACGAUCCGGGGGGGGCCUGGGCCAGAGUCUGGGGGUGGAGGGGUCACAGAGAAACUAUUUCUUUACGCCCCACCUGGGGGGGCACCCUGCCUCAGAUCAGCCCCCCCCCACCUACCAAUGAACCUCUGGGGAUUUUACUGUGGCAUGGGAAGGGGCCGGAACAUGGGAUAUUAAGAAAGAGGGUGGCAUGAUAACGAGGAGGGGGGGCGGGGGAGGUGGAGGGAUCAAAUUAAUAACCUCAGCAGGUCUGUAUUUAAUCCUGGGUUUUAUAAAUGGCUAUUUUUAGCUGGAGGGGGUGUCUUUCUGAUCUCAGUCCUCCCCUCCCGGGGUCAAUCCAGAGUCACUCCCAAUUGCAAUGGGAGCAGGGCUGAGUUCUGAUCUCAGCCCCCUG